AUGAACUUCCUAUUUGGCUCGCGACGGGCCCAACCGGCCACUGUGCCCUCAGACAAGAUAGUCCCCCUUCGUUCCUGGGAUACAGCCCUGUCCAUGCGUGGAACAGUCCUAGAUACUGCACUAAUUUUCCAUGAUGUCCUGGAUAUUUUCAGGCUUCACACUGCUUUGGACCAGCUGUUUUCCAUGGGGAAUUGGAGCCAGCUAGGAGCUCGGCUACGCCUGAAUGGCAACAACGGUUUAGAGUACCACAUCCCGCAAUGCUAUGACGAUAUCCGACCAGCCUUUAUCUUUACCAAUGUCAAACAUGAGCUGCCCCUCCACUCUCAUCCAUUGACAUCACAACUUCCCGAGGCUUCAGAUAAGGCUAAGCUCUUUGCCUCCCCAGAAGAUUUCACUCCGAUUUUGCGAAGCAAGGCUACUCCCCGAAAGUUAGAUGAAUGGAUUUAUUCCGAUAAUCCGCAGCUUUUUAUCCACGCUGUGGGUUUUGAUGAUGCGACCAUCCUGACUGUCACAUUCCCACACACUCUGGCUGAUGUCAUGGGAAUUGGAAUCUUCAUGAGUGCGUGGGCCGCCGUGGUUCGGGGCGAUUUGGGUGCUGUGCCGACUCUGGAGAGCUUUGAAUCAAAUCCUCUGACAGAGCUUGGUCAGCGAACACCAGCAGAGAAAUACGUAUACUUCGACCGGGUGCUCAACAAAGGCCAAUUGAUUAUGUUUGUUGCUCGGCGCAUGACCGAUUCGCUUUGGUAUCGCCAGGAGGAAAGACGCACAAUUUUCCUCCCGGCCAGGUGCGUCAAGAAGAUGCGUGAAAAGGCCGUUGAGGAGCUUGCAAGGUCCAGUGGCCAUGCUUGUGCGGAUGCAAAGCCUUUUGUCAGCGAGAGCGAUAUCAUACUGGCGUGGUGGACACGCACACUCUAUAUUGCACUCGGUCUGCUACCAAGCCAACGGAUUCUACUCAACAACGCGUUCAACCUGCGUACAUCGUUGCAUGAUUCUUUUGCGUCUCCUGAAAACGCUUACUUGGGAAAUUGUGUAUGUAUGUCACCUACUUUUCUGCAGGGACGCCACCUCCAAGAUGAACCAUUGAGCAAAAUCGCCUGGAGAAUCCGACAGUCAGUAUCCCUGCAGCAGACGGCCGAACAGGUUGAGGCUGUUACGGCUCUAUUGAAACAAACCAUGGAAAAUUCAGGCUACCUUGCAUUGAUCGGUGAGCCGGGUAUGCUGCUUCUCUCUUCUUCGAAUUGGCAUAAGGCCGGAAUGUACGGUUUAGACUUUUCUUCGGCGGUGACUACACCUGGAAAAGACCUACACAGCCGGAUAAACGAUCUUGGAAAGCCAUCGCAUGUCAAUGGAGUUCUACAUUCGGAUCUAUCCUUCAGGAACACUUUCGCUGUUACGGGAAGGGAUGCUGGUGGUAACUGGUGGCUCAAUGGCGUGUUGCGGACUGAUGCAUGGGCGAAGGUAAAAGGUGAGCUUGAGAAAAUAGACGAUUGA